AUGACUAAUACAGGCCGGGAUGAGAUAAAACAUGAAAACGUCAAUGUCCCCAAAGACUCCGAGCCCAAGAAAGAGGUCCGGCCCUUCAAGGAACGAGCUGAGGCCCUCGAAGAACAGAUUAAACAACUGAUAGAAGAGCAUGAAAGGCUUUCCGAUAUCGUUGACAAAUUAAAGAUAAUCAACACAUUGCUUCAUAAGGAAGUUUGCAAAGAAUACUCGUUUACUAAAUUACCCAAAAAGGAAGAUCAAUAA